AACCGGUACCACUUUUCCUAACCGAAGUCCGGUAUUCAGCGAUGCGGAAUUGCGGAUGAGUCAAAACAUAUGGAACUAUGGAUAAUGGGAAUGAGUGAUGUUGGAGAAGGAUUUACGGCAAAAAAAAAACAAAAAAAAAAAAAAACAGUGAGGCAAAGUUCAUUAUAAGUUAGUUAAAAAUGGCGGCUUUGAUCCAGACCGUCCAUGGUGGUAAACCCAACUUGUAAGCUCUCAGUGUUCUUAUCCUUGAUUGUUUAAGUUUGGUAACUAGGGUUUCAAAGUUUUUCCAUUUUUCUGAUUACCAGUUGGGUAGCCUUACAUAGACGAGACACUAGAAUUGAUGAAAACAAAUUCUGGUUUUUGUUCCAGUUGAGUAAAUUGUAUAGUUUUUGAGGGUGUGGUUUACCAGAACCUUGACUCUUGUUUAUCCUUCUACCUUUAUGUCCAGACACAAAGCUCUGUACCAAAUGAUAAGCAGCAGUAACAGUGGUUUGCCACGGUUCAAUUUCACUCCGCCUCAGCGGCUAAGCCAAGGUAUCUGUUACUGGGGAGAAGAGUUAAGCAAUGUGUCAUGCACUUACAGAACCAAACUGGUGGUUCGGUGCAAGGCCGGAGUAGUGCCUCUGAUGAAGCAAGGCGACCGGUUUCUCUCCUCUCUGUCGUCCCCAGCUUUAGCUGGUGAUCCGUCAGCGACACACCGACACAUUAAGAAGUUUGUGGCUGCUUCUCCCAAAUCAGUGACUCUAAAUGUCCUCUCUCAUCUCCUCUCGGAUCAAACUUCCUAUCCUCAUCUCUCCUUCUUUGCUCUCUCUUUGUAUUCGGAAAUUACCGAAGCAUCGUGGUUUGAUUGGAAUCCUAAACUCAUUGCUGAGCUUGUUGCUGUGCUCAAUAACCAAGAGAGAUUUGAUGAAUCAGAAACUCUACUUUCUACAGCGGUUUCGAGGCUGAAGUCAAAUGAACGAGACUUUGCUCUCUUCCUCUGCAAUUUGGUUGAAUCAAAUUCUAAACAAGGGUCUAUACAAGGUUUCAAUGAAGCAUGCUUUCGUUUGAGAGAGAGAAUCCAAAGAUCGUCAUCAGUUUAUGUCAAAACCCAAGCUUACAAGUCUAUGGUUGCUGGAUUAUGCAACAUGGACCAACCUCAUGAUGCAGAAAGAGUUAUCGAGGAGAUGAGAGUGGAAAAGAUAAAGCCGGGAUCGUUUGAACAUAAGUCUGUUCUAUACGGGUAUGGAAGAUUGGGAUUGUUUGACGACAUGAACAGAGUAGUGCACAGAAUGGAAACCGAAGGUCACAAAAUCGACACAGUUUGUUCAAAUAUGGUUCUCUCUUCCUAUGGAGCCCAUGAUGCACUUCCCCAAAUGGGUUCUUGGUUACAGAAAUUGAAGGGUUUUAAUGUUCCUUUCUCCAUAAGGACGUAUAACUCGGUCUUGAAUUCUUGUCCUACAAUCAUGUCACUGUUGAAAGACUUGAAUAGCUGUCCGGUUUCUCUUUCUGAACUGCGUACUUUUCUGAAUGAGGACGAAGCGCUUCUGGUCCUUGAAUUGACUCAGUCAACAGUUUUAGAUGAAGCAAUUGAGUGGAACGCGGUAGAGGGUAAGUUGGAUUUACAUGGUAUGCACUUGAGCUCAUCGUAUUUGAUAUUGCUGCAAUGGAUGGAUGAGAUUAGACUUAGAUUUAGAGACCAAAAGUGUGUGAUUCCUGCCGAGAUAGUAGUUGUUUCUGGAUCUGGAAAGCACAGCAAUGUAAGAGGAGAGUCACCGGUAAAAGCGCUGGUUAAAAAGAUAAUGGUGCGUACUGAAAGCCCAAUGAGAAUUGACCGGAAGAAUGUUGGUAGUUUUAUUGCCAAGGGAAAAAAUGUAAAAGAAUGGCUCUGCAAAUGAAGAUUUAUAACUGUAUAUUUUGAUCAUUAUCUGCUUAAGAUGGUGUUGAUUGGUGAUUCCGGUGUUGGUUAAUCGUACAUGUUGCCAAGAUUCACCAGGAAUACGUUUUGCUUAGAAUCAAACUCUUGGUGUCAAAUUUUCCACCAGAACUAAUCAGGUGAGUCAAAAUUUUCUCUUCACACU